AUGGAUCCCUCAGGCCCAGCACAACCUCCUUUGAACGCCGCCUACAAGACAGAGGGCAACCCCGUGACGUCAAACCCAGCUGAGAAAAGUGCCGCUCAGCACCACCACCAGGGCAAGCCCGUUGAUGAGCGCCUUCCCAGCCAGCCGUCCGACAUCAAGGAUGCCACACCAUCCAGCCUAGGCCGCGGAGUUCGGGGUGCGCCCGCAGGAGAGGAGAAGUUUGGUCGCAGCCAUGAAGACGUGGGCCGGCAUAACGAGUUGGAGGGUGAGCAAAUGCGCGCCUCGGGCGAGGGCGAUGUCGCCAAUGUAGUUGAUCGCAAGCCGGGAGCAACCGGCUCGCAACCCGACCUGGCGAGCGACCUUGACCGUAAGAAGCAUGAGCAGGCGUCUGCGAGAGAGGCGAUCAAGGAAGACCGAAAGCACGGCAACCCCAUCCAAUUUCUGCGCUACAGAAUUCCACUGCAAUCCACCCCGCCAUCCCACCACGAGCCAAGCCCAGUGCUCCCCGAAAGCUUGAUCAAGUCCGAUAUAAGACCCGAAGACCUCAUCAAGGAUGAUGCCAAUCCGGAGCCAAGCUCCAUCAAGCGCAAGCGAGGUCGACCCAAGGGCUCUAAGAAUAAGAAACGCCCAGAGGAAACGGUCGAGGUCAAGCCAUCCACUUUCCCAAAGCCUACAGCGGGAUAUUCCACGGACCAUCACACGUUCGACUCUUUCCUUGUAGCCACGGCGGGAAACGCCCCUGACGAUGGCGCUGGGCUCGUUUGGAACGAUGAUGACGAAUCAAAGUUGACGAUCAAAACUUAG